UGUGUGUGUGUCUGUGUGUGAAGCAGAGCGUGUGUGUUUGUGUGUUUUUUUGUUUUUUUUUUUAUGUGCGCGGACAUAUUUUCGGUCUCUCACACUCCGGGGUGCGAUGCCAUUCCUCCCGCAGGAACCUGAGCGCCUCGAUGGGUUGUCUCUACUUUACUGGACGAUCAUGGGCCCCCAUGGCAUCAACCGAGCUGUCCAGAGGCUGGAGUUCUCCGACUGCAAGAAAGGACUCGGGGUGAAAAUAAUCGGAGGCUACAGGGAGCUGACAGGUGAAGACUUCGGGAUCUACAUCAAGCGUGUGAUCGCUGGCGGCCUGGCUGCUCUGGACGGUCGGCUUAAGUCAGGUGACCUGAUUCUUGAUGUCAAUAACAUCAGCCUGAUUGGAGUGACCAAUGAGAGGGCGGUGGAGAUUCUGAGGAGCGCCUCGCUCUCCAAUCACAUGUCGCUGCUUGUCGCUAGAGAUGACGAAUCCAGGAGGGAGUUUGCUGAGCUGAUGGAGAAGUACGGCUCCAAUAACGUCACGGCGUCGGGAAGAAUCUCUCCAACGCAGCUGUCCACGGGGAAGCUGACGGACACGGCGUCCUCCUCUUCUUCCUCCCGGUCGGAGAGCCCACAGCUGCUCAGUCCUAAAGAAGGAAUCACCGCCUACAGCCACGCUCCGCAGUACACCACCACCCCGGCCUACACCGUGCACACUGCGGCACACGCCUUCAGUGACAGCGUCAUUCAGUUGAUAUGUGUCGCCAAGGGAACAGGCCUGGGACUCGUCGUCAAGGGAGGGGCCAACCGAGCUGAGGGACCAAUGGUGUUCAUUCAAGAAAUAGUGCCUGGAGGAGACUGCCAGAAGGACGGCCGGUUGCAGGUGGGAGACCAGCUGGUGUCCAUCAACAAGGAGUCUCUGAUCGGAGUGACGAACGAGGAGGCCCGCAGCAUCCUGACGCGCACCAAACUCAGACCAGACCCCACGGUAGAGAUUGCUUUCAUCAGGCGGAGGUCGUCGUCCAGCUCCAGCAGCGGCUCCCACAGCCCCGUCUGUCUGCAGGGGUGUGGCGUCGGAGCCGGACCCCAGACGAAGGCCCUCGGGUUGGGCUCCACGGCCCCGCAGCAAACCAUGGUGACCAAGAUCACUUCCAGCAGGAACCCUGCCUGUGAGACGCUGCCGCCGGUCAACGUCACGCAGGUGCAAGUCUCUCCAGGCAGAACGGAGCAGACGGGAAUCUCCUCAGCGCCGCGGAGCGACAGCAGCAACCACACAAACCCUGAUUCUGGGAGCAGUCAGCCACCUCAGAGGAAAUGUUCGCUCAGUUCCAGCUGUCGAUUCAAACUGGAACGACUGGAGCAGGCGCUGGAUCUAAUUGGUCUGAAGCCCACAGAUGCUCAGCGGCAGGUUCUUAGGUCCAGACUACGAGCCGAUCCGACUGGAACAGUGGCCUUCACAGACUUCGAGGGCCUGAUUCGGGAACUGUUCAAGCCUCAGCUGGAGGAACUGUUCGGCACCCAGUCCAGCUCCAGGUUCACGUCAGACGACUUCUCCAGCCUGCUGGAGUCUCCCACCAACCCACCGCCGUCGCUGUCAGACUCAGACGACCUGGAGGAGAUGGAGAAGUUGAGGAAGGAGCACAUUGAGGCGCUGAAGGAGAUCAAGACACUGCAGGAGCAGCUUGUCGAGUCUCAGAGAGUUCACCAUGAGCUGGAGGACGAGCUCAACAAGGCCAAGCAGGAAGCGAAAGUCGGAGCAGAGGAGAGUCGGACUCUGAGGACCCGGAUCCAGCUGGUCGAGGAGGCCCAGAAGCAGGCCAGAGGGAUGGAGAUGGACUAUGAGGAGGUCAUCCACCUGCUGGAGGCUGAAAUCGCCGAGCUGAAGGCUCAAAGGGUGGAGCAUCCAGCAAUGACCAAGAAGGAGGAAGUAGACGAACUGAAGAGGAAGGUGGCUAUUCUGGAGUGUCAGCUAAGGAAGAGUGAAACGGCCAAAAAGGGUUUUGAGAUGUCAACGGGAAAGCUACUAAGUUUUGUGGAGAGCGUUCAGGACUUUUUGCUGGAAAGUCACGGACCCACAAAGAGCUACAGGUCCGCCUUAUGGCUGGGAGCAGGCCUACACCACAGAAGGAGUCGUGUACUUUGUCAAGUAAGGUCCUAACAUCGGGUUCCUAAAAAGAAAGAAGAAGAAGAAAAAAAUCAGUGACCCAAAACACAGUAAUUCUCCUUCAUUUAAGUUAAAAACACUUCCUGUCCAUUUAUGGCAGGCAUUGUCCAACAACUUUCUUUAAUUUCCUGCUGGUUCUUGUAUAAUCAGACCUUGACAGGGCAGGAUCUGAUUUAAAAAAAACUCUGUUCGGAUUGGAGCGGAUUAAGAGCGGAGCUGUAGGAUGAAGCACGCUCUGUGCAUUUAACUCCAGAUGGGAUUCCACAGUUCUCAGAAAAAGGGAAGAUGAUCUGUAACUGAGAACAUUACAACACUGAAUCUUUCUAAAUUUGCUUGAAGCCAGAAAAUGAAACCAUUAAUACUCCUAAGAAACAUCACAUUAAUGCUGCCACCACUGAUGCAGGUCUGUUUUUGGAUUUUUGAUUGAGUGUCAUAAUGCUCAGGAAGUAUAACCGGAUAAAAUCCCCUUCCCACCUGUAACUUCAACUUGUCUGGAGUAACGAAAAUGGUAUUUAUUAACCUAGAAACCAUCUGCUUUAUUAAUUGGGACAGUCACAUGACCCAGACGACAUCAUGGAGCCUACCUGAAGCCACCGCCACCGAGCCGCCUCCAAAGGAGGAGGCCUCGGCGCCGGCGACCGAAUCCAACGGAGAGGAGACGGAGACGGAGACGCAGCAGAGUUCAGCUCUUGAGACCAACAUGUAGGAGCUCAGUCAUCCAACCUGUCAUCUCCAUCAUUACUGAACCCUUCUAGUUGUUCUCCCGGCAGAAUGCAGCCGCUCGGAAUCCUUUUGUGUUUUUUUAAACAUAAGGUGAUUUUUUUUAAAGCCAAAUUUGAUCCAAACGUAGACGCAUUGUCCAAGAAACCUGUACAAUAGCUUAUUCGGGAACCAAAAGAAGAUCAAGGACCUGCUUGAUUACACUGGGGUCAACGGGCAAAAAAUAGUCUGAGGUUUUCCAACUGUUUUAGAGUCAUUUUCAUGUGCUGAAUCCAAAAAUCACCAAAAAUGGAUGCAAUAUGAGCGUCAAAAAUGAAUUAUCUGUUCUCAUGUAUGGACCGGUUUCCUGAGUAUCUGGGAUCAAUGACACAAUGUUCAAUUCACAUGUACAUACCCUUACCAGUGUUUAUUAUUCAAUUUACAAAAAUCCAUGGGUGUAACAUUUAAUUAAUACACUCUGUUAGAAAACCUUUUUUUUUUCUCCUAAAAUUUAUUUAUUUAUUUAUUUGGAAAAGGAAUAUUAAAGGAAAUUAACUCAUUAUGUCACAAAAGCGUAAACAAUUUAGUCAGAAGAUCGUAUUUCUCCAAAUCAAAUUAGAAUAAAAAUCUGACCUGGUUGAGAAAAAUGGACGUCAUUUUUUUUAAUUCGGCAGUGCAAAAUAGUCCAAAUUCAGUUUUUCUUUAAAAACCAUCGACAACUUCCGAAAGAUACUUCUUACAACCCAGUGUUAUCAACCAGUGAAAUCCAUUCAUUUAUUGAGAAAGUGUUUCUUUCUGACAGGCGGCUCUGAAUCGGGGUGAGACUUGAGAUUUGACUCCGAUUUUGGGGGGGGGGGGAAACAAACUUUCCAGCAUCUCUGGUGUGGAGUGAGCAUCUGCAAAGCAAAGCGUGAGAUUACACCGUGAUGUGAAAUGUGAAAUAGACUUGCUACAAAACAAAAAUGUUAGACUCGUCACAAGUAAAAAUAACCAAUCUGGCAUAGGAUGUCCAGAUUCUUUCAUCCUUGUUUUCUGUUUCACUUUUUGUCUUUCUGCCUCUGAUUUGAGUUGCAGCGCUCACCGUCCUCGUCAGGGAAGUUUUGAAAGCCUUCUUCCUGUGAACUAUAGGUUCCCUUUAACAUAUAAUACAUGCUUUCGACUAGUGUCUUUGUCACCUUUUUGGUACAUGUUCCGCUCAAUAACAAUAGAUUUCUUGUGUUUAUGCUAAUUUAUUCAUUCCAUUCAGCCAAUUCCUCUUUUUCAUAUUUCCUCGGUUGAUCCUGUUUGACUGCAACAUUUUUUUUCAGAAAGUUUGGACUUACGUUUCAUUGACGUUUACGUAUUGCGUUUUCUCCACUCCUUCCUCUCUGCACUUUACAGCCACGACAUAGCGAAAUAUUAUUUUCAAUAAAGACAAAAAAUAUUACUGUCAUAUUUUGUUUUUGUAUUUAGUGCAAAACCGAAUAAUUACUAGAAAAGAAGGAGGCCAAACAGCAACAGAGGUGACACCUGCUGGAAUUACUUCAGACUUUAUCGUGCUUCCACGCUCGAGCGAACUGUUUUUGUCGAGGACAUGGGUGAGUUUGAGCUCUGCUUUUAUUCCAAGUAAUUACUGCCAAAGUGUGUGUGCGGAGGGGGUUAGGGGUCGUUUUUAAGGAUACUUCAGAAGGAUUUAAUCUGUGCUGCUUUUAGCUUUCUUUCUCCCCUCUACUCUUGAUUUUAGUUUACAUUUGUUGGCUGCUCUCUCUAAUUAGUCCCCACGUUAAAAAACCAACACUGUUUCCCUGCUUCACUACUGCAGCGUCUUCUUGGUUCGUAACGUUUUGUAAAAACCUGAAACCAACGCCCCGCUUUGCUUUAGAAACCUUGUGAAGCCUUAUAGAAAGCGAUAAUGGAAACCUGUCAGGAUUCUGUGAUCCUUCUAUUCAGCAGUGGGACUGGAAGGCUCUGUGGUUAUAAUGAAACUACAGCAAGUAUUAUGUAAUGAAGAUGGAUCAAUAAAAAUAAAAAAAAAGAUGUUUCCAUUUCAUGAGAUGCGUUUGCUGUUUUGUGUUGCUGACGUCGGAUCUGGAAGCAACAAAAUAAAUGUCACAUAAUGUGAUUAUUUUGGCGUUUAGCUUUGGGCGAAGAGGUUGUAUUUGUUUCUGUGCGAGAGCACCGGUGUGUGUGAUGUGUACGGCUGUAUUUAUUACAGGUGUGUGUCGGCGUGCGAGUGUGUGUGUGUGUGUGGGCUGGAGGUGUAGCUGAGCCAAUAGUCUUCCUGCCUGCGGCUCCAAAUAUUGAUUUUCCUUCGUGUUCACAAGUCUGGCUAUAAAUAUGUGACGCUAUCAGAGGCGCAGAUAACAGAAAUCACACACACACACCCCCACACAUCCACACAGCCCUCACUGGACUCCUUCCUUAUUUUAAGAUACAGAUCACUGACUGUUGAGGAAGAGGGGAGUUGAGCGGAAGCGAAAGUGUUUCGAUGAAUUCAUGAUUGAAUGAAAUCUUUAUUUUGAGCGUAUUCAGUUUUGUGGACUAGAUGAUGGUGCAAAAUCCUGAAAACGAUGGACAACCCUGAGCGUCUUCUUCAUGAGACUGUCAUAGAAAAACGUCUUCAGUCAGAGGCUUCUUCGAACUCGCCUUAACACAGACCGCUACAGGACUUCCUUAAACCCCGCAGCCGUCACCAUCUACAAUAACUCUUUGAAGAACCUUGAAUUAAUUAACAAGAUUUAAUUGCUCAUCGAGAUCAGUAAAAUUAUAAUUUUUUUAAUUUAACUGACUUUAAAAAAUUGUCAUGACCUUGGCUACUUUUAUCUACUCCUUAGUAAUCUAUGAUUUUUGUGUAGAGAGACCUAUGCUUGACAUCUGUGAACACGCACACGUCCACUGCUGCUCUUUUUAGCAGUGUGUAAACAGUCUCCAAAACCAACUUUGCCGUGAUGUUACACAACAUUCAAAGCCUCUUUUCCUCGAUUCCAUUUGGAGAAUCUGAGGGUCAUCGGCUCCAUGAGCAGCUUGGAUUAAAAGGACCCGCGCAAAGUGAUCCAUAACUGGCCUGAUGGAUACUGGGAGAAAGUUCACAUCCUUUUUAUGCAAACAGGUCUGAUUACAGCCCAGAUUUAAGAAUAAGUCCGAGUAUUAAGAGGCAACGCAAGGUCCUCGCGCUCUGACUGGGCUUAUUUAGGCCAACUUUGGUUGCGUAACUCGGUACUUCGACUGUUUUGUGGUAAAACAUACGACAAUUACGUGAUUAUGUUGUUUGUCAUUAUGUCUAAAUGGCACUGACCCAUAAAACCGUGUAACUGAGCUCUUUUGCUAGAUAUUCACUUCAAACGUUCAUCACUAGGAAUCAAUAAAUCCCCUUUUUUUCCCCCCCAUUUUGAAAAUUUUGCUCUUAAAGAAACUGGAUAAAUUAUGAGCAUUAUAAUCCUUUAGGAUAUUUCAGAUUGUAAAUCUGUCUCGCUGACCAGCUGAGACAAACUUCGCCAGCACCCCGUUACUAUGGAAGAAAACAUAGAAACAAAGACGGAAGGCAAUGGAAAAAAAACA